AUGUAUGAGAUAUGUGAGAAGUUAAAAAUCAUUCAUCGCAAUUCCACUCCUUAUCGACCUCAGAUGAAUGGAGCAGUUCAGGCUGCCAACAAGAAUAUCAAAAGAAUAUUGCGGAAGAUGAUUGAUAAUUAUAAGCAUUGGCAUGAGAAUUUGUCGUUUGCCUUCCUCGACUAUUGCACCACAAUUAGGACUUCGACUGGGGAUACACCUUAUCUUUUGGUUUAUGGAACAGAAGCAAUAUUACCAAUGGAGGUUGAGAUACUAUCCCUAAGGAUAAUCCAAGAAGCUGAGUUGAGUGAUGCUAAAUGGAUACAAAGUCUAUAUGAACAGUUGAUGCUAAUUGAUGAAAAGAGAAUGAAUGCAGUUUGUCACGAACAACUCUUUCAACACAGGAUGGCUAAAGCUUUCAACAAAAAGGUAAGACUGAGACAGUUCAAACUGGGACAAUUGGUUUUAAAGCGAAUAUUCCCACACAAAGAUGAAGCUAAGGGAAAAUUUGCACCUAAUUGGCAUGGGCCUUAUGUGUUUCACAGAGUAUUGACCGGAGGAGCAUUUAUUCUAGCAGAAAUGGAUGGAAAGACAUGGUCGAAAGCCAUCAAUUCAGAUGUGGUUAAGAAAUACUAUGUCUAG